CUGCCGCUCCGCCGGCAGCGCAAGGAGGCGGUGCUGGCUGAGAAGCGGAGCUUGGGCGGCAGGGAGGGGCCCCCGCACCUCGUGGUUCUGGUGCCGCUGCACAGCCGGGCUGCGGCCCACGACAGCCUCUGCUUGCUGCAGAGCCAGGACUCGGCUGUCGUCCGCAUGGAUGAGGGGAGAGCUGGUGACUUCGCGCUCCUCUGCCCCCGACUCAAGCAGCGCUGGCGCUUUGUGACAGCACAGGCAGGGGACCUUCACGCUGUCUUAGACCUAGCAAAGGUUGCCGACUCCCUCCUGUUCGUCCUGGAUCCUGCAGAUGGCUGGGACAGCGCGGGGGAGCACUGCCUCUCCUGCCUCUUCGCACAGGGGCUCCCCAGUUAUGCUCUUGCUGUCCCAGGAGGCACUGACUUGCCACCGAAGAAGCGGAUAGAUGCCAGGAAGAAACUUGCCAACGCCACUGAGAAGCGCUUUCCCGAGGCCAAGCUCUUCCCCCUAAACACGGAGCAGGAGUCCGCGCUGCUGCUGAGGCACCUCGCCACCCAGAAGCAGCGCCGUCUUGCGUUUCGGGACAGGCGGGCUCACCUGCUCGCCUGUACCGCAGAGUUUGUGCCCGGUCAGGAGAGCGACCUGGUUGGGACCUUGAAGGUGUCCGGCUUUGUCCGGGGACAGACCCUCGACGUGAACAGCCUGGUGCAUAUCGUGGGGCAUGGAGACUUCCAGAUGAGCCAGGUGGAUGCCCCCCCCGACCCCCUCUCUUUGAACCCCCGAGUGGUUAAAGGACAGAAGAGGAGUCAGGACAUGGACGUGCAGGAUGACUCUGUGAAUGGUACCGAUGAGAUGGAGGAAGAUGUUAAGGUCCUGAUGAAGGCAGAUCCAAACAAGCAGGAGUCUUUGCAGUCAGAAGUGGUUCCUGAUCCUAUGGAAGGGGAGCAGACGUGGCCCACUGAAGAAGAACUGCAAGAAGCAGAAGCUUCUCUGAAGGCCAGCAGGAGAGUGGUGAAGGUCCCCAAAGGCACGUCCAAGUACCAGGCUGCCUGGAUUGUGGAUGAUGAAGAGGGCCAUCAGGAAGAUGAUGAUGACGAUGAAGAUGAUGACAUCGAUGAUGAUAUGAUGGAAGAGGCAGUUUCCCAGGAGGGGGAAAACAGUGAGGAGGAAGAAGAACCUGCAGAUGAGGAAUGUGAGACCAUGACUGUUUCCGAGUGCUUGCGAGAUGACCAGUACGAUGAGAAGGUGGAGGAAGAUGAACAGAUGCUGGAGAGAUACAAACAGGAGCGAAUGGAUGAAAUGUUUCCGGAUGAGGUGGACACGCCACGUGACGUACCUGCCAGAGUCCGGUGCUCUGUGCCAGCAGAGGAAGGGUCUGAUAAGCACAAGUUGGAGCGUUUCCUGCGCCCGGAUGCUGCCCUGGUGGUGACCGUUUAUGCGCCCAUCGCUUUCCCUCCUGCCUCAGUGCUGCUUUUUAAACAGAGAAGUAACGGNAUGCAUGACCUCAUCGCCACGGGUUCUCUGCUUUCCGUGGACCCAGACAGAAUCGUCAUCAAGCGGCUGGUGCUCAGCGGCCAUCCGUUCAAGAUCUUUACCAAGACAGCUGUCGUGCGAUACAUGUUCUUUAACAGAGAGGAUGUGAUGUGGUUUAAGCCAGUGGAGCUGAGGACAAAGUGGGGUCGGAGAGGACACAUCAAGGAGCCAUUAGGGACCCAUGGUCACAUGAAGUGCCACUUCGAUGGACAGCUGAAGUCCCAGGACACAGUGCUGCUGAAAAUGCUGAACCUCUACAAGCGCGUUUUUCCCAAAUGGACUUACGACCCCCAUGUUCCGGAGCCCGUGCCGUGGGUGAGGAGCGAGAGCACGCUGCCGGUGCAGGAGGUGGAAAUGGAUUAA